GAUCUGCUGAUGGAGCCAAGAUGACUGUAAGAGCUUUGUGGAGUAUAUCUUUGCUGUUAUUUGGUUCUGCCCCACCCAUGUGGGCAACUGAAAUUUCGUGCGUAAAUGAAGAUGGCAAAGCAGUUGAUUGGUACAUUCUUUAUAAAUUACCAAAGUAUAUGCGAUAUGAAGCUGCUGGGACUGGGCUAGAAUACAUGUCUGUGGAUUCUUUGACUCAAGCCUGGAAACUGAGUAAAUAUUUAGUCAACUAUACAGAGAGUGCUCUGGGGCAAACACUGCAGCAGCUUUACCAAGCUUACAAGUCUAAGAAGAACAGCACUGCCUAUGUGAUGUACAAUGAUGGCCCACCUAACAAGAUGAAUUACAGCUGGAUGCAUGGACAUACUAAAGGGUUCCUGCUCUUGGACAAAUCUCAAGGUUUCUGGGUAAUUCACAGUAUUCCUGAAUUUCCUCCAUUUCCUGAGGAUGGUUAUGGAUAUCCAUCCACUGGAAAGAAAAAUGGACAAACAGUAAUCUGCCUAACGUUCCGAUAUGAUCAGUUUGCAGAAAUAGACAAGCAACUGUCAUGCUACAAUCCAAAUAUCUACAACUGCUCCAUCCCAAAGCUAUUUCACCCAGAUCUCUUUAAUCUGCAAAUACUGUGUGCAGGAUUGGCGCUGCCUCCAGUUCCUUGGCAGCAUCGCCUCUCCAAGCUCCAGUCAGCCCAAGGAGAAACUCUUUUCAGCUUUGCUAAAACCAAGUAUUAUCAUGAAGAUAUCUACUUAGCCUGGAUAGCACAGACACUAAAAACAGAUGUAUUAGUAGAAUCCUGGCAGCGUAAUGGACAUGAGCUUCUUUCAAAUUGCUCCCUUCCUUAUCAUGUCUACAACAUUAACCUAAUCAAGACACCAUGGAAUUCUUCCUUCUUCUCUCAUCAUGAUCAUUCAAAGUGGUGUGUUUCCUGGAGGUCUGAAGACCAAUGGAUAUGCAUUGGAGACUUAAAUCGUACAGUUCAACAGGCUUGGAGAAGUGGUGGUUUCAUUUGCACUCAGAACCAGUAUAUUUACAAAGUGUUCAGGCUGUUGGUUCUUAGCUAUUAUAGUUGUCAUCCCUCAUGAGUUUGCACAGGAAUCAUGCAGUGCAGAAGUCUGAAGUGUAAGCCAUUCCUAACAAUCCUUGCUUUCAUGAUUUAAAAACAACGGUUUCCAGUCCUCAUUAUUUUGGAGUCUUCAGAUUGAGAACACACAGAAACUAAGAGCAGUUGUUUUGGAAUUCAACAGCUAUCAUCAACAAAGAGUGUUUGGUAUGCCUUUCUUUGCCACCUACCCUACAGCAGCGGCACCAGGAAAAAACAAUGAGGGGGGACACAGAAGGGGCAAAGUGCAUUUAUGGGUGGGCAAGCUGUGUCCCACACAUACUAGAUUCUGAAAUAGAAAUGGGGACCUGUUGGGGAGCAAGCCACUUGGUGGGGGGGGGCACUUGCCUCCCCUGCCACUCCUCUAGAGCCACCCUUGCUACCUUAACUGCCUUUUCUUUUCUUAGCCUAAUGCAGUUAAAAGCGCUUCUAUUUUGUAAAAACUCUGAUAUUAAAAUUAGAACUUAUGCAGACUUGCAUUAUUUAUAUAUUUUGUUCUGAGUGCAAAAUUGGAGGGCUGGUGUUCUGAACUGUGGGUUCCAUGGUGUGUAAUUUGGAUUUGUUUUUAAGCUUGGAGUAUACCUUGCAUGAAGUGACUAUAUAAGCAUAGCUUUUGUUUAUGACCCUAUGAUCUCAAGUGGAGUAUCUGCCAAUUAUACUAAAACAGCUUGAAGAUGCUGCCUUGAAAUGUAGGUUUGCCGGACAAAUGUCUGCUGAAAAAGAUCACUGAGGUGAUCAGUACUUUUUUGACUCCUGUUUUAACUUUCAGUAUUACUCACGGGGUGUGUAUAUGUGUGCUUAGUGUAUAAAAGGAAAUAUGGGUGAAAGAUGCACAUGUCAUUACUCUCGAUCCUCUGUAACAUUGUGUUUUGCUUGCUUGCUUUUUAAAAUUGUGGUAUAUAAAUAUGCAUAGUAGUAAUAUGUUCUUAGUGCUGCUGCUUUAUGUUUUUUGCAUUACUGUUUUAUAUAGGGUUUUAAGCUUUUAAAUAGAGAUAUGUUAUUUUUAUAUUUAUAUUUCAUAUAUUUUAAUUAUGCAUUGUUUUAAAUAGACUGUAAAUUACUUUGGGAUUAUUUUAAUGAAAAGCGGUAUAGAAAUCAAACCAUACAUACAUACCGUACAUACAUACAUAUUUAUGCUCUUCCUACUUGGUGGGGCAUAUGGGUCUUUUGUACUGAAUACAAAAGACCUAUGUGCUCUGAGUACCCUGAUAUAUAUUUAAAAAUACUCAGCAGUAUCUGUAAGAGCCCCCACCACCACACACACUGCAGAUAUUAAGAUCUUUAUCAGGCCCUGUUCCAUGUUCCAAUAAUUAGGAUGUUUAGAUUGCCAGAAGCAAGGCCUUUUUAGCAUUGGCUCCUAAACUGUGCAGAAUGUCACACUCCACCUUUCCUUCUGCAGGGAAAUAGAGAAUACCUACUGUAUCUAGUCUUCUGUGCCUUUUCUGUUUGGGUUUAGCUGACAAUUAUAAGAGUGCAGAUUAACAGAAGGGCUACAUCUAUGGGUUAGCACCUUUACCAUCAGACAGUUUCUGAGUCCAUCUGAAGCACCUUUUGAAUAUGGGAGUUGUAGUCCAAAAACAGCUGGGGAGGCAUUGUUGAGCAGGCCUGUUCUAGAGAAAAGAGCAUGGCUGGAAAAGAGCCUAGACUGCAUUACCAAAUGUGCAACUAUCCCCACAAUAUUUUGGAAAGGCUUUAGACUGGUGCAUGGUUUUGAAAAUACUUUAUUGGAUACUGAACACUUUUAAGGUCUUGAUUAAUGAUUUUGGAGAUGUAUGUAGCAGCAGUAGUAGUAGUAGUAGUAGGUGUUAGAAUCUGGUUAAU